ACACAGCGUGAAUGUGUGUCUGUGUGUGAUCACCAAGACUAGAUGGUCUGUUUGUGUGUGUGUGAGUGUGUGCCUAUUCAAUUGCAAUCUUGUAGGAGCGUAUUUGAAUGUGUGUGUUUUUUUUUGUGAUCUCGUUGGUGUGAGUGCACGUUUGUGGGUGUGCGCGUGCGUGUGCUCACAACAACCAGGUUACCGAAAGCCGAUAUGGCACCAUGAACAGCCCACAUGCUCUCUCUCCCGCGUACCUCUGAGCCAGUAUUGCUCACCAGUACGCCUGUCAGUCCCUUUCAUGCCGACCUUGGAAAGGUGGACCAGGAUCACUAUUCAAUCAAUGCUAAUCAUUAAAGAAGUUCAUUCUGCACUGCCACAGCGCCUCCGCAGGGAGAGCAGGGGUAAUGCAGGGGAAGACGCUCCAGUGUAGGCUGCUGUGAUAGGACGACUAGACGUCCCUGAUUUCCGUGGACUGUCCCCACAUCAUAGUUAACCUUUGGGCAUGUACUGCCCGAUAUUUAACACAUUACAAUUCUACAUUUACCAUGAUGAGAAUAGGCAAAACGUAGAUAUGACUUUUUUCUAUUAUAUCUGAAGCAGUAUUAUCAGAUUUAUUAUUGGGACCUACAAAGGUCAGUUUUCCUCCGGAAUCCGUCACCUUAGGCUAAACCUUGGGCUGCUGGGAGCCGAUGAGACUGAGGUCGUGGUGAUGGGCUCCCAUUACCCAAAUCCAAGGAAAAGGGUUGCUUUCAUAAUAUGCCCCCUUUAAGUAUAAUUGACCAAGACCAUGACGGCAGUAUUUGAAUAUGUGAAAGGCAGUUUUGACACUAAUAUGGCAGAUACUGCCAUGAUAUUAGCAUGCUAUGAAAAACUUCAAUAGACCAUUUCAAUGGAACUAUUCGGUUGUUAAUUUUGAAGCUUUUGGCUAAUCCUGGAGUCUGAGUCUGUCUUCGAGAAAGUUUGUGAGAAAGCAACCCACAGAAAAUCCAAACUGUCAACUAAUAUUACAUGCUGCUCGCUGAUGUCCGUGUCAAAAAUGUGUGAAAAUACGAUGUGACACUUGAAAACAGCAAUAGGUAGGCCUAUGUGUGUGUUCGCCAGAGGUGGCCAUCAAAUGCCAUCGAUUUUACAGCAACAUGAAAACGCUGGAACAAUAAGUAGCAGACGAUGUUAAUAGGUAGCCUACACUGUAAAAAAAGAUUUUUUGCCUUUGUAAAUACAAUGAGGACAAUUCAAGUAAUUUGUACAUGAAUGUAUCAAUUCUGAGAAUUACUCAAACAUGUCAUGUGAAAUUCAGUGUGAUGCUUGGAGUUUCUGUGUAAUUGAGUGUCCUCACAUUCAGUUAAAUAAAUUCAGUAAAUUUAACCGUAAUAACUGUUGUGAAAAUGACUGCAAUUUUGUGAUCAUGACAUUAACUACAGAAAUUCAAGUAAAAUUUGCCAACAGAACGAUGGCGUGACGUCACAUUCUAGACAUGCCCCAACGGUUGACUUUCUAAAGUGAUGACUUUGAUGCGAUGUGAGAUUUUGUCAUUGUGGUCGCGGAUUAAACUCCAGGUGCAUUCAAUUCUGUUGCUGUUGGUCGUCGGAGCUUCCCUUUCUCAGGCUUUUGAAAGUGUGGACAUUCACCACGGUUAAGGAAGAGCUGGAGGACAUUUUUACCCCUAAUCAGGCACCCUAUUAAGGGUAAGUUGAGCACACAGUCAUUCACAAUACAGCAUGAUUUGUGAGUGUGUGUGUGUGUGUGUGUGUGUGUGCAUGCAUGCAUGCAUGUGCACCAGAAAUGUAAUUUUACAAAUUGUUUCUAUUUAUUUUUUUGCCCUAGGUGUCCCACCAUGAGGUGGCUGUGUAAAAGUUGUAGCUUUGCCUCAAAUAGAAGGGUUGAUCUUUUCAAGCACUACAGGCUCAAACAUGGAAACAGUGGCCGUACUCAAUCCAUACCUUGCCUAUAUGCUAAUUGUCCUUUUUCAUUUAAGACGUUUAAUGCUCUCAAGAUCCAUCUAUCCCGUCAUCAUGUGGAAUCAGUUGCACCAAACGUGGUUGUUUCGUUCAGUUGUCAGCGCUGCAAUUUAGCGGCCUUCUCUUCAGAGAAACAGUAUUUUGAUUGUCUUUGAGUAUUCAAAGACUGUAGCUUCAGUACAAACAUCUAUUCAACCUUUUGUUCUCAUAAGCACAGGAAACAUGGUCAGCACUCACAUGAAGACUUUAAACCUGAGGUUUUGAAAACGCUUUCAGAUACUCCUGUCUUCCAGCAUGAUCCAGUGUUUUCUGAACAGGAUCCAGAGGUUUUUGUUGAACCAUGUGAGGAUUUGUCUGAGGUUAUAAAGGAUAGACUUGGACUGCUGUUUCUAAAGUUGGAGAGUUGUUACAAUGUGCCGAACAAGUGCAUUGAUGAAAUUGUAGAUGAGUUACAGUUCUUAUCCUGCUCCUCAUCUGGACCAGUUUUGAGACAUGUUGUUGAGUCCACCUUCAAGAAACACAACUAUGACUUUGAUUCAGCUCUUUUAAGCGAUUUGGUGAGCAACUUAUGUGAGUCACAUCCUAUUAGUUCAGCUGUAGGGAAAGAUGGUCCUUUUACUACAUCAUAUAGGAGGAGGCCAUAUAUGAAGUCACAUUUUUCAGUUGUGGAACCAAAAGAGUACAUUCUGAAGAAGAGGGAGAAUAAAACAUUCCAAUAUAUUCCUAUACUGCAGUCUUUGUCACAGGUACUUAAGAAUUCUCCAGAAAAGCACCUAGUUGCUACAAGGAACUCGGACAGGGCAUCGAAAUAUCAGUCAUUUCAAGAUGGGUCUCAUUUUCAGAAAAAAAUGUUUUUCUCUUCAGAUGAGGAUAUAUUAAGUCUUAUCCUGUACAUUGACGACCUUGAAGUCUGCAACCCCCUUGGAACAUCCCGGAAGAUACACAAAGUUACUGCUGUGUAUUGGGUCUUAGGCAACAUCCCAGCACAUGCAAGAUCGGCAUUGACGAGUAUAUACUUAGCCAUUCUCUGUAAGGCCAGUGACACCAAACAGUUUGGAUUUCAGACAGUGCUAGAGCCACUAUUGCGGGAUCUUCAAAGCUUAGAGAAAGAUGGUCUUUUCAUUCCAAGUUUUGGGAAAGUGAUCAAAGGCACUGUGGUGAGCGUAGUGGCUGACAAUUUGGGUGCUCAUGCUGUGGCAGGACUUGUUGAAAGUUUCUCAGGACCUCAUGUCUGUCGAUUCUGUCUGGGAGAGCGCUCUAUGUUUCAGACAACAGAGGUAAGAUCAGGAGUUUUUCAGCGAAGAAGGGAAGAGCAGCACACCUUACAUGUUCAAACAGCUUUAUCGAGUCCUUCUCUUAGUCCGUGCUAUGGGGUGAAAAAACAGUGUGCACUAUCUGAAAAGCUGUGUUAUUUUGAUGUGACGUCUGGUUUCCCUCCUGAUGUGCUACACAACCUUCUUGAGGGUGUUGUUCCCCUAGAGCUGGCAUUGUCACUGAAUGCGUUCAUCAAGAACAAGUAUUUUUCCUUGGUGGAAUUCAAUGACUUAAUUGCUCAGUUCCCUUACAAGUGGACUGACCGUACAAAUCGCCCACAUUUGGUCACUGCUACUUUCGCUGCAAAAAGAUCAUUAGGAGGGAAUGCCCAUGAAAAUUGGUGCCUGCUGCGUCUUUUGCCUUUUUUGAUUGGGUUGAGAGUACCUGAGAGUGAUCCAGUAUGGCAGGUGCUAAUGGUUCUGAAGGACAUAGUGGAGCUAGUCAUGUCUCCAGCUCACACAGAGGAAAGUAUCUGUUACUUGGACACCAAGAUCGCCGAACACCGGCAAAGAUUUCUGGAUGUAUUCCCCCAAAACAAACUAAUUCCCAAACACCACUUCAUUGAGCAUUAUCCUGAGCUCAUAAGGGAAUUUGGACCAUUGUCUGCCUUGUGGACAAUGUGCUUCGAAGCGAAGCACAGCUUUUUCAAAAAAAUUGACGACGAGUUGUUACCUUAA